AGUCGCGUCGCGCCAGUUUCAAUUUUCAAAUGUUUUGUUCUACAGAGUACAGUAGCUUCUAUCUUGUUCUUAUUAAUUAAUAGCUUUACAACUGUCAGGUGACUUGCUGGAAAAAUUUGCCGAAAUACUUGCACUGAAAGGGCGGGGGAUGGUUGAUGUCAAAGGAGAUCUUUUGUGAGAAAGUGUACUGUGGACUGUACCUGUAUCCGGUGCUCUUAGUAAAUCGGUUGUGGCGAAUGUGGGUUGUUGACAUAGUUCACUAUAUCUUGAAUUUGUGACUGGACCGUUUCAUAUGUCUUCAACAUCGGUUCGUUGGAUUUACAGGAAUUGUUGGUAUUUGCUGAAGUCAGUGGAGUGAAAUUCCUGUUCCUCAUGGGCGAUCAUCUCCAUCAUGAAUUUCCUAUCAGUGCAGGCAGACCAGAUACCCAGUGCCGAAAAGGUAAAGUAUCAUGAACAUUUCUUACACUGCGACCCAAAGAUGGGAUAAUCGAUCAGUCUACCGCGCGGGAUUUUUUCUUAAAAUCGGGUUUAUCACACGAUAUUCUAGCAAAAAUCUGGGAUGCCUCCUGGCUGAUUCAGCGGUCUAGGUGUGGUGGCUGUCACUGUCAGUAAAGGCACUGAAUUGACACUGCAAUGUUGCAAAGCCACAGCAGAUCCUUCCACCGGAAAAAGUCUUCAGCUCUGGAGAUGCAUUAUGAACCCAUAUAGCGGGAGCGAUGCGUGCCAAGCAAAAAUAAACAAGCGAUCAAUACGUCGAUAGCUAUGGCUAUCCUACCCACUACGUUCUUCAAAAAUGCUUAACUCAAACUCAAAGUCAAUUUACGCGGGAAAACACCACGACUAUAUCUAAAGAAAUGUAUAAAGUUUAAAUCUUCCAAGUCCUUUUGGUGAAAUGGAUCAUAAUCUGAGCAUUGAAUCUGACGGCACUGUUAAUCAGUCUGCAUCGCUGGAGACAUCAGAGGAUCUCUCGAGUCAGAGUUUUAAUGCAGAUGUGUGUGAAACGCUGCGGAACCUAGACAUUCAUGCAACCAGCUGUCGAUUGCUGGACAUUCAAUCUGUUUCAAAAACUGCUAUUUGCUUGGCCCUGUGUGCGAUGGCUGAGCGCGAGACUACUGUGGAUCGUGCAAUUUUUAACGCCGAGCGAAACCUUAAACAUCAGGAAGAAAUGCGCGGCGAUUUAGAAAAGCGUUGCGGAAAGGCACUCAGAGAAGCGGAAAAUGCUCCGGUUUUGAUUUCAUUUGACUCGAACCAACACAUCAAAUUUUUUGCGAACGACAAAGAUUCGGGCGAUAAAGAAAAUAUACGGGAUAUUGUUUCUCCAGGCGACAGCCAUGAGCAGAUACGCUCAGUUUUAAAUUUUCGUGGAUAUUCGGAGGAAAUUGACCUUGACAACCUGGAAAAACUAAAAGAGAAAAUUCGUGAUCUCCAACGAAAGCGUAAUGCACUGAAGGAGGACUUACAGCAAAAAUAUCGCGGUCUUCCUGCGAAUAUGAAAGAAGCGCGUGCUGUUUUUGCCGCGAAAGCUGAAGAGCUGUCCAAGCCCUUAAAUUAGCGAUUGGCAAGGAGCGGUCCCGCAUCAUAUUCAUUCAUUUAUCAAGAUUAUUAAAGACUGACUGAGAAAAGGAGCUGUAGGCUUGCAGAAAAACAGGAAGCAUGCUUUUUAUUGACGAUAGGGAAUUUUUAUUUUGUUAAAUUAAUGUGAGCGUUGAAUGCCGCUGUAAAUUAUUCUUAUCACAGAUUGGAAAGAUUUUGAUAAAUACAUGUAUGUAUUAACCAGUUUGGCAUUGUGCGGCGAAGUUGGUGUUUAAUUGUGGAUCGGUUGCUUUGUACAGUACUUUCGUUCACGAUAAAUUGCGGUCGACUUUCUUCAACUUUUUUUUGUAUUUUCCUCCUUGAACAA